UAGUCUCCCAAACACUUCCUCAAUCUAACAUUUCUUUGAGAAAAUUCAUAACAAUUCCAGUCCAGUUAAAAGGUUUCCGUUUUUGGACUUACAAGAUGUCAUCCACAGAAAUUCCAGUCCAGGUGAAAUCUUUCCGAUUCAGCCCUUACGAGGUGUCAUCCACAGCCCCUAUUGAACUUGAACCCCAUCUCGAUGUUGUUGAGAAACUCAUGUCCAAUGGAUUCAACCAUCUUCAUGUUAAGGAGAACUACAUUUUUCCUCCCAAUGAACGCCCCCAAAUGGCUGAGAUUUGUCGUUCUUAUAGAAUUCCAAUAAUAGACCUCAAAGAUUUAGAUGGUCCUGCUAGAAAAUCAGUGGUGAAUGAGAUCAAGCGUGCAUGUGAGCAGGAUGGUUUCUUCCAGAUUGUGAACCAUGGGGUGCCAGAGAGUCUGAUGAAAAGCAUGAUGGAUGUUGCCAAAGAGUUCUUUGAAAUGCCCCUUGAAGACAGGGCAUGCCUCUAUUCAGAGAACACAAAGAAAUCGGUGAGGCUUUAUGCAAGCUUCAACAUCACCAGAGACAAAUUCCUUAACUGGAUGGAUGUUCUAACACAGCUAUGUCAUCCUCUAGAGGAAUACAUCCAUGCAUGGCCUCAAAAACCUGCAGCCUACAGAGAGAUUGCAGGGAAGUAUGCUAAGGAAAUAAGAGUCCUCACUUUAAGGCUCCUGGCUGCAAUUUCUGAAGCUAUGGAGCAGGAUUCUGAUUAUUUGAAUACAAUCUUUAAGAAGCAUAGACAGGCGAUGAACAUAAAUUAUUAUCCUCCAUGCCCAAAUCCAGAUCUCACAUUUGGCGUAGCACCUCAUUCAGAUGCAACAGGCAUCACUGUUCUAAUGCAAGGACUUGUUAGCGGCCUGCAAGUGCUCAGAGAUGGAAAAUGGGUUGCAGUAGAGCCCACACCCAAUGCCUUUGUGGUCAAUUUGGGAGAUCAGUUGCAGGUUUUGAGCAAUGGGAGAUUCCAGAGCAUCGAGCAUCGGGCUAUAACAAACAAUACCACUGCUCGUAUCUCUAUUCCUACCUUUUGUGGUCCUUCGUUGGAUGCAUUCAUUUCUCCUGCAGAAUCCAUGGUGGAUGAGGAGCAUCCGGCUCUGUACAGGGGAUACAGGUUUGAAGAAUACAUGGAUGCAUUCUGGAGCCAGGGAUUGAAAAGCAAGACCAUUUUGGAUCGCUUCAAGAUAGAAACUGGUCAAUGAUGUUGUUGAGUGAUGAAAUAUCUAUGCCAACAAGACAAAGGAUUUGAGACAUGUAUUCUCAAGAUCUCUUUGCCUAAGUUGAUUGGGUUCCUAUGUUCUAGGUCUUCUUCCUGU